AUGCCGCGCCUGCAGCUGCGCUUCCGGCUGAGAGAGGGGCCCGUCAUCUCGGAGGGCCAGAUUGCCUUCCAGCCGAAGCUGUUCUGCGACGCCUAUGGUGGGCAGCUCUAUCUGGAAGCCACCGGGCACCACGCCAUCCGCCAGCUGCUUCCCAACUGCCCACAUGCCCUUCCACCGCACUGCCUCCUCCUCAGAUCCGAAGCAGGGGAGGCGAAGGUGGUGGCGCCACUGGGCGUGCUGAAGCGACAGCGGAGCUAUCCGGAGCCUUUCUCCACCAAAGUGAGUCUACACAUCUUCGAUGACGAGUUCUUGUGUCCCACUGCUGCCUACGACUUGCCCCUGGCCACGGGAACUGACCUGAAGUGUCCGAGUCUGCUAUCGGCCCUUUGGCUACUGCUGUGCCGACUUCUUCAGUUGGAUUACGAGGGCGCUGCAAAGCUUCUGCCCUUUGUGUCGGUGGCUUCGGCAGAGGGCCGUCUUCGCCAUGACGAGGCAUUGGUCUUCCGCAUGGCCUUGACGGACACCUCAGACAGAAGCCCGGAUGCCGUGGCCAUCCGCCUACGUCUGGUGCAGGCCACCGUCGCCACCGUGCAACCUGACGAGGACCUGGCCCGUUGCGCCUUUGCAGAUGCAGGGAGCUACAUCUCCCACCUGACCCACGUGAGCCAGAGCUGCUGCAUGUCCCUGGAUGAGGAGCUGGAGCUCUGGACCAGCUUAAGCUCGAUGAAAAGCGAGCUGGAGCAUACGAAUCGCUUCAUUGACUGGCGCCGGAGUGUUCUGCUGUCCUGGAAGCAGAAGGCCUCCCAGGUGGAUGUGGAGUGGACGCGGGAGUGCCCAGGUGCUUGGCUGUCCACCGUCUUCAACGAGGAAGAGCGGGCGGCCUACCUCCAGAACCCUCCCCUCACAGACAUCGAUUGCAUCGGAAUCAAAGGCCAGCCGCUGCUGGAGUGCUCCAAGUUUAAAGCAGCAGAUUGGCCGGUGCUGCUGGAAUCGGUCCAGGGCGUGGCCCUGAAGGAUGGCCUGCCCCUUGCUGAGCAACACCAGGAGCGCGAGAGACGGAGAGAGACCGAUACUUGA